AUGGACUACCUCCUCGCAUUCUCUGCGCACGAAUUUAUCAAUUUUCGGGAGCUGGAAGUUCGUUCAUUACUUGAAUUAAACGGACUGAGCCAAGACUGUGUUCCUUGUGAAACAAAUUGGACCGCCCCCUACAUUUCCAUCCAACUUCCCAACGAUGCCGUUGCUGCCAAGCUUAUUGAGCGCAGCGUCCUGGUGAAGUCAAUAUACUCAAUAUGGACUACUGCAAGUUGCUUUGAUGAGCUCUUGUCUAAGGUCCCAAAUUUUCCACGCACUUUCAUUGAUAAAUAUUUGUAUGGGAGCGAAUCGUAUAAAAUUAUCAUCAGCUCAGUUAACAAACGUGUUCCCCAAGAUGAUCGCAUGCUUUACAUCAGGAGGCUUAUCGAUGCCCAUGUCGGAGCCACUUCACCGGUGUCUCUCGACAAUCCAACUAACCAAAUUCAUGUUAUUUUUGAAUUCACAAAAGCUAAAGCCCACAACAAGGACCAGAGUCUGGUUCGAAUUUACUAUGGUCGGUUAGUGGGCGAGAGUUCCCGGAAGCGUUUACUUAGUGAAUUCGAUUUGUCCAAGCGGACCUACCUCGGCAACACCACUAUGGAUGUGCGGUUGGCGGGGAUCAUUGCCAAUGCCUGUCUGUGUAGUCAUGGCGACAUUGUUUGGGAUCCCUUCAUUGGAACCGGUGGCAUGGUGCUUGCGGCGUCCGUAUGGGGAGCCUUCGGUGCUGGAAAUGAUAUCGACUAUUCCCUCGUUCAUGGACUCGGAGCUUCUCCCAAGGCCGGCCAGGGCAAACGCAUGAGUGGGGAGUGUUUGCGGGCGAACUACAAACAAUACAAUCUUCAAUCGCGCUAUCUAGACGUGAUCAUUGCGGAUGCAGCAUCGCUGGUUGCUCUUUUACGCAACCCCAACGAGCGUCUCCUUCCCGAGGCGAGCCAAAGUGUAGCGCCAGCGACUGGGCUUUUCGACGCCAUCAUCACGGACCCACCCUACGGCGUGCGAGAGCGCAGCUGUCGGGUUGCGAGUGAGGCGGUUGAGAAGGAACCCUCCUUGCAGACGGAGGCUUAUAUCAACAUGAUCACUGGCGGCAAACAAUUUGCGAUGGUUCCAAACAAAGACGGCCUUGUACCGGUUCCGCAUGACCUUCCGCAUUACCCGCACAAGGAGAACUACCCGCUGCAGGAGACAUUUGGUGACUUGCUGCGCAUUGCCGAGCGCUUCCUCAAGCCCAAGGGUCGCCUGGUGUUCUGGGUGCCCGUGAGCAAGAGCAACUACACAGGGCCCUCCUCGCUGCCUGCUCACCCUCGCCUCAAACUCGUCGCCGUCUGCGAGCAGGCACUCAAUUCACGAAUUUCCCGGUUCCUCAUGGUGAUGGAGAAGUUGGCGGCGGAAGAGCCCGACUUUUGUCUUUCAGCGGAGACCCUUAACGAGACGGUGGACGAUGAUGGCGUGAUGACGAAUCCGAGCAUUCGCGGCAUCCCCUUCCAUUUGAAGAACUUCCGCGAGACCUACUUCCAACAGAGGGCAAACCGAUGA